GGGAAGUUGAAUUUUUGACAAAGUCAAAGUUGAUUAAGUUAAUCGUUAAAUUAAUGAAUCAAUUGCGUGAUUAAUCAUAAAGAUCAGUGAUUGAUCCUGAGCAGAAAUCAAAAAAUGAAAUGUUGAACAUUUCCAAAAGACAAUUACAAUUAAUGAAUUACAAUAACUUCGUUAACUAUGUAAAUUUAAAUACACUUUUCUCUGCUAAUUAAAGUUUGUGGUGUUGAUUACAAUAUAGAACUUUUAAUUGUUAUUUAUGAUUAAUGGAAAAUACAAUAUGACCAAUCAAAAAUAUCGUGAAUUUGACCGGACCGAAUCAAUUAUCCAUCGGUGGUUAGCAAUUAGAUCAACACCAAUAUUAAUUGUCCAACUACUUAAUUUGAUUGAAAAAUCUGGACUCCGUUGGUGCUGUACCUUUCGUGGGUACCAACAGGUCAAUCGGAUAACACGGAAACAUUACAUUAUCGGACUGACCCUUGAUUUCGUCGGCUUGUUGACCAUCGCCAAAGGAUUUGUCGUUCUCUUCGUAUCGAACUCAAAUGUCCAAAUGUAUCUGGGUGACCUGUUCAUCGGCUCAUCGGUUCAUAAUAUCCAAACAAUGAUGAUCAAUAUGCUUCUAUUAUUGGCCUGUGGUCUAAGAUACUUCGGCUUUUACACUGAAAGAAAAGGUAGAGUUGAACCCUUGACACUUUAUUAUCGAUUAAAAAGUUCGGCAAUUAAUUGUGAACAAUUUAAAUUAACACCUUCUCAUUGUUCGAGUAUGAGAAAAAUUUUCUAUAUUUUUGGACAGUUUUAUCUCAUCGUAACACCGAUAACUUGUUUCGCAAUUUCGACCUGGAUUAUUUAUGCCUUUUACACCAAUCAGAUCAACUUUUCGAGUACAAUCAGUUUACUGACCACUGGUCUAUGGACGAUUGUCACUUGUACCAUUUUCACCUUAGGCGCUUACCCGACAAUCUGGUUGUACAUUCACAUCUCAAUGAUAAUCACUUUUGUCACCUUUUCAUUGGCAUCUAAUCAAUUAUUUGGUAAACAAUUGAUUGUCGAUAAAGAUCAGACCAAUGAAAAUGGUCAAUCGGUCAAAUAUUUAGUCCAACAGAAUAAAAUUUACAAUUUUAUCUAUCAGAUGACCAUUGGAAUGGGUCAAGUUUUCUGCUACGGGAUAAUCAUCGUAACGGGUACCGGUAAUUUCGCAAUGUUUGUCAGUCUUUUCAUUGGAACGGGAAGUGGCCUAUUCGAUUAUUUUAUUCUCGCAGUUGGUUGUAUGUCAUUUAAUUCAAUUGUUAUAAUCAAUAUGUUAUCAUCAUUCACAGCGAACCAGGCUUUAAUUUGCCAAAAAGUUAACUAUCAAAUCGGUAGACAUUGUAAACUGGAUUUAAAGACGCAAUUAAAGCUUUUAUCAACUUGUGAACGAAUCAAUAUUCACAGAAUUGGAUUCAGUCUUGGAGGACUUUACACUUUAGAUUCAUAUCAUUUUCUUUUGGUAAGUUAAUUACAAUUAGCGAAAAUGUUAAACAAUCAAACUUAAUUGCUAAUGGAAAACCAAAACUUUUAAUCAAUAGUUUCUAUUGGAAAAUG